UCGUGAUAUGCUCGUCAUUCAUCCAAACUCUACCUGCGACGUUUGUCUAGAAGGCUACUCAAAUGGUCAGAACACUCCCCAUGCCAUAGUCUGCGGACAUUCCUUUUGCCAGGGAUGCCUCGAGUCGUUAACUCGUCUGACGUGUCCCCUUUGUCGUACCCGAUUCGAGCUCCAGGAUGUCAGGAAGCUUCACAUUGAUAGGGGUCAGACACCGCGAGUAACACCCUCAUCUGUGACAGACGUGAUUGAACGCUCUACCUCUGAUGACGAAGCUCAAAGACUGCAGAACGACAUUGCCAGGAUCGUCAAAGAGGGUGCAAAGGUCUCCGAGUUGCGCAGAUUACUCGACGACUGCAGAUCCUGGUACAAGAAUCAACCCCCUGAUCAGUAUGACAGCCUAAGGGUUAGCUUCUUGCUGUUGUAUCAUCUGACUGAG